AUCUAGUUGAGUCACAGUGCGAGCUGAGCGGUUGUGCGGAAAGGAUGUUGGUGCGCUUUGCUGCGUAGCGGCGCGUCUGUGUUCCUUAGUGUUCCAUAUAUGGUGCUUGUGGUAUUUGCAAGCCGGGACGCAGUGUUGGAAGCUCUCUAACUUGUGUCAAGUUCAAAAUCUUCGGAGGCAUGAGCUCGGCGGUCGAGGGCGCUGCCGUGAACGGCGUGGGCAGUAACGGCGGUCCAGCUCUCGACGACGAGGAGGUCCGCCUCAUGACGGAGGAGGAGCUCGAGAAGGGCAAGAUGCGGCCUCCAGACAUCGAUCAGGAUAUGAAGGAGAUGGAGCGGCGCAAACGUGUAGAGGCCAUCAUGAACUCGGUGGCGUUCAGGGAAGAGCUUGAGAAGAUCGUCGAGUCGCAGCUGUCAGAGGGAUACUCGGGAGUACAGGCGCUGCAGAACAUCUCUGAGCUCAUCGGCAUACCAGGCAGCAGAGGCGGCAUGUUCAGACAUACGCAGAGUCUGUGCCCCAUCAACGAUUUACGAGGCUUGGAAGGCCUGAAUUUUGCCAAGGGAGAGAAACUGUUGAGGUGCAAGCUAGCGGCUCUCUACAGACUCAUUGACAUGUACGGCUGGUCGCAAAACAUCUACAACCACUGCUCGGCUCGAGUGAGUCAAGACCAGGAACACUUCUUGCUGAACCCCUUCGGUCUGCUGUACAGCGAGGUCACUGCUUCUACCUUGGUCAAAGUAGAUAUGCAAGGGCAAGUAGUUGACCCUGGCUCUACUAACUUUGGUGUGAACGUCGCGGGUUUCAUGCUUCACUCUGCACUGCACGCAUCACGUCCUGACCUACGCUGCAUCUUGCACAUACACACGCCCUCCGUCGUUGCCGUGUCCGCCAUGAAGCAAGGGCUGCUGCCCCUGUCUCAAGAGUCUCUCCUCUUCGGUGAUGUCUCCUACCACACCUAUCAAGGCAUCUUCGUCAACCCUGAAGAAAAGGAACAGCUUGUGAGAGACAUGGGGCCCAUCAACAAGGUAAUGAUGCUUCGUAACCACGGUGCCGUGUGCUGCGGUGAAUCCAUCGAGGAGGCCUGGUACAACCUCUACCAUCUCGUGCUUGCAUGUGAAAAUCAGAUGAAGCUAGUUCCUGUUGGCCUGGACAAUCUGAUCCUUGUGAGCGACGACGUGAGACAGCUCGCUUACGACACCGCCAGAGUGGGCUUUGGUGGCGUCGACAGCAAAAGUGAGGGAGGCGCCGCUGGUCAAGGCCCGAAAACUCGCAAAUUCAAGACUGGAGAGAUGGAAUUUGAGGCGCUCAUGCGUUCUCUUGACAACGCAGGCAUGCGUACGGGUUACAUCUACCGCAACCCUCUUGUGAAGCAAUCGAGCUGCAGCGUACAGAGCGACGUCGCCUUGCCACCCACAGCCUCCAACUACGGCCAGCUCUACGAUGAGGACGGUCUCAGGAGCCCACUGCGCCGCCUGCUGGACGGCAAGCGCGUCAACGACAAGUCUCGCUGGCUCAACUCCCCCAACGUCUACCAGAAGGUCGAGAUCCUCGAGACCGGCUCGUCUGAUCCUAAGAAGAUCACCAAGUGGGUUGCCGAUGGCUCUCCGACUCACUCGAAUGCUGUCAAGCUCGACGCCAGCUUGCAGUUUGUUCCUAAGGACACCGACCCCAAGGAGUUCAAAAAAAUACAGAAAGCGAUCAAAGAGAACCGCCGCAUCGGUAACUUGAGUGCGGGCCCGACAAGUCACCUGCUGGAAGGCGUGACAUGGGAUGAGGUGCGUCGUAUGCAAGACGCAACCAUCAGCAACGCUGCUGACCACACGGUGCUCGUGGGCGCCGCUAGCAAAGGCAUCAUCCAGAGGGACUUCCAACACAACGCCGUCGUCUACAAAACUCCUUAUGCUAAGAAUCCCUUCGAUGCAAUUUCUGAUCAAGAGCUUGACGACUACAAACUCCUCGUCGAAAGGAAGCAGCGUGGCGAGCCUAUCGAGGAGAUUGAAGUGGAGAAACUUCACAUCAGUCCUGAGCGAGCAGAGCGCGGUAUCGUCGGGGAUAUGGGCGACGGUUUCGAUGCUACCAGUCCGCUGAGUCCGCUCUCCGACACUGACGGCCAACGAAUUUCAUCGACACGAAGGACGGAUGGAACGCAGCUCGUGGUUCACACUCAAGUAGCUCCGCGUGCAGGCAUAGCACAUCCAGUGUGUAUCAACGAUGUACCUAACGCUUCUGUAAAUGGCACUAUUGCUCCUACUGACGGCUCUGUGGCUAACUACAACGUAGCUGACGAAGCUGUCCCGAUCCUUAGGAAGGAUCGUAUGCGUUAUGACGCUCAUGGUACCGCCAGCGAUCAUGAAAUAAUCACUAAAAAUGAUACUGCACGCAUGCGACCUGCGUCACUUGAGCUUACAGAAGGUGCAGCAAGCGCUGCCCUUGUAAAGUCUGCUAGGAAGCAGAACUUCCGUCGCUCGUGGACGAUGCCACGCAAGACGAACCGAGAAACUGCUGCUAAUGGAGAAGACACUGAAGCUCACCACAGUGCGCUGUCGCAGAGCAGUAAAGAGGGGUCACCGACGAAAGACACUUAGAAGAAAAAGAAGAAGAAGGGACUUCGCACUCCCAGUUUCCUCAAGAUGAAGAAAGACAAGAAGAGAGAAAAAGAAGCCUUGCAUCAGUAGUGAUGACGGAAGAGCCUUUCCGCCAUUUUGUUGCCUCUUGCUCGUGAUUUCACGGGCGAACACAUGUCAUCGAGUUGUAAAUACACUGACGUACAUGGCACUAGGAGCACCACUACUUCUUCUGGUACGCAGCACCUCUACAGACAAGCUCGGUUCAGCGUGCGACUUCGCCUGCCCUCAGCACUCAGCAUCACGUGCAUUUCUUCAAGUUGAAAACAAGAUGAAUGAUUGUUGUACGGUUGAUUUUGAUUCUAUCUUGAGUGACGUUGCUUUCUCUUACUUCAAUCGACUGGGUUUUAUUAAUAUAUCUUCAAUAGUGAAAUGUUUCAUAUAAAGUUUAAUUCAUUGUGUCUCGUCUUGCUACGACGUGACUAGUAAAUUAGCUUAUUGAUUCUGAGCGCUGAUUUAGUUAACUCUAACAGUUUCAAUGAAUAUAUUUUACUGUAUCGAGAAACGAUCCCCUCUUGCAAUUGGCUACAAAAAGUGCUUUAUUUGUGCUCCUCUAUUCCGAGUUUUCAAACCCAUCCUUGUCUGAUAUUUAAACUUGAAAAUAUAUUCAUUCACACCGAACUACAUUCAUCGCCAAGAGUUUGAAACGUUCAUAUUUUAUGUUUUUAUUUCAAAAUUCAAAUUUAAGUGCGGAAUUUCAUUAUUGCUGUUAUUUUCUAGUAAUUUUAUCGCGCCAGAGGAUAAAUAUGACUGAAAUUUAUAUCUAUACCAUUUGAAAUGAAAUUUCAUAAUUAUCGAAAAGGAUGAUGAUCUUUCGACCAUCAUUACUCAUGCCCAUAGUUUGCUACGGUUUUAUGUCUUUAGAGAGACGAUGUUACACUCCUCACACCGCUAUUAUAUCUACUGAGUGAGUGCUUGUCGAUUAAUAAAACGUUCUAUUUCCCAUCAUUAAGCUCAUGGUAAUUAACAUGACUAAUGCUGGAGAAGAUUUACUUGAACCUUUUACUCGCGUAGCGCAGGUAAUACUUGACCGUGUAUUCUGAUCUAGCGCUCUGGCAAUGAACUUAUUUUUUGACAAUAAUUAUUUUCGUGAGUUAUUUUAUCCAAGAUGAAUAAUAAAUAUUUAUCGGUUAAUAUUUUGAUGCGCGUUAACUGCGUGCCAUUUUUGAUAGGGAAAUUUGCAUUUCGUUUGCAUGAAGAAUAUACUGUUAUAAUAAAUAUUUAUUUGCAUUUAUCGAGUCACUUAUAAAUUUUCAUUUCCUCUAUUGCCUAUCCUAUGCUUUAUAACGUAUCUGAUUUAUACCUUUUGAAAGAUGAAAUUACUCCUUGUUUUACGACGUGUUCAUUGCGCAACAAUUCGUCAGCUGAACAAGAUUCUUGCAAAUGGAGCUGGUUAUUUUGAAUGCUGGAGAACCCAUGCGGUUGACGAAUGAUGGCGCCAGGUUUGUUGGUGUACAGUUUGGUCUUUAUGAUGGGUCUCGUGCGACGUAUGGUAUCUCUCUUCAUUUCGUUCAACAAUGAGUGAGCAACCCUGUUUUACUUGCAACUUGAUAUCAAUUUUAUCACAAUUCAGCGAGAAUUUCACCAAUUUCAAAUAUGUGUUGUCUCCCAAUAUAUUAAUGCGCGAAUUUACCCUGUCUUAAAUUGUCUCUAUCCACUGGUAAUGCAUUCGUUAACUAUUAUAAAUAAUUAGAAAUGCCCUGUAGUGCCUAUUGUUCUGUCGAAUUCUGAAUUGACUUCUAGUGGCUUGAUGUGAGUGUUCAAGUUUCAUUGAAUCAUAUAGAGCCACUCUUGUCUGCAACUACUGAACCUUUCUGGCAGCUUUUCAGUUGAUUAUUGCUAAUUAUUUGCAUAAUAAUAUUUACUUGACAUAUUUAUAAAUUGUUCUUUUGAGUUCAUUUUUUAAGUUGUAAUUCCUUUAUACUGCGAUGGGUUUUACUAAAUUCGAUUAGUUUCAUUUUUGCCUGUGAACUAUUUCAGCAAUUGUUUUGGUUAUCUUCAAUUUGUAAAUUAUGAUUUCAUUUCUAAUGAAUUCUUCGUGGAAUGUUUGAGUUUAUCGUAAAAUCCAUUACGUAUAAGUGACCAUGUUGCAGCCAAUGCUGAGUUCAUGAACACUGGUUUACGAGGGGGUUGUACAUUUGGUUAAGCCAACUCCUAAUUGUUUUCAAUUCAACGGGUGAGCUCUGCUCACCAAAUAUCGAAAAAAUCCUUUCAAUUUGAAGUCGACUAUACGUUGUUAUGUACUAUGUAGCUAUUAUACUUUAUUACUACAUCAUGUCUGAUACUCAUGAAUAGCUUCCAUGUGUUUUACUCGCGUUAAUAUGUAUUAAAUCGAUUUUAAAUACAUAGAAAAGCGUGAAUAACAAGAGAACAGCAUCGCAUUUUAUAUAUUGGUGUAACGAUACAAUGAUGUGCGAGAAAAUUAAUUACGCUGAUGACACUGCCAUGUUUGCAUUCGGUUGGAUGCGAUGUUAUAAGGUAGGCAUGUAACUAUCUGCGAUGUUUCUUCCUAAUAUUCUAGCAUCUAUAUUCUACAUUGCGUGUGUGCAUAGUUCACUAUUCCGUGUAGGCAGCUUUAAAUUUCAUAUUUUGUUAUAAAGCAAUUAGGAGACUGGAAACUUAUUUAUAGAUCGCGUGCUCAUAAGAUAUUUAGUGUUUGGAAUGAAGGUUUUGCGCCCAUCUUAUAAAAAUGAAGUUUGCUGGCGCGUUUAUUUCAAUUACGGUUACUGUGUAGGCUUCAAUAGCUUCUUCAGUGCUUUUUUACUCUAUACCUAUCGUCCCUAUCGUCUUUGAACUGUGAUUGUACUAUGAUGAUAUUUUUCUCACUACCGUUUUUUAGCUGGGUUCGGUACGCUUCUAUGCCUUCUGUUAUUUGUCACUUACUUUUGAGGAACUGCAUUGAUCGCCCCAGAUGUUGCUUGCUUGGUAAUAAACCCCUCAACUGUUGCAUAUUGUACAGAACGCGACAGAGUUUUCUAUUAAAUUUGUUCGCUUUCGUUACGACUUGAAUCGAAAGAGAGGUUGAAUGUGAGCUGAGUGAGAUACCAAUCAUGGACAACUAAACCUUGAAGCAAGUUGUUAAGUGUGGAGGGAACAAACGCUUGUGUAUUCGUGAUGUUGAAACAUAGCUGCUUUUGUUUUUCAUAUGAGGUGGUAUAAAUAUAUGAAGGAAGUGCUUAUAGGUAAUAUGCUGUGAAGUUUCGAAUCGAGCCUGCCCAAUCGAGGAUUCAAAACUAUUAUCGUUCUUACUUAUCGCCUUUAGUCCGUGAAUUCUGUUCCAGCGUCAUGUCUGUCAGAGUUGACCCUGGAAGUAGAAUUCAACAUUCUUCGAUUCUACCCAAAAUGUGGCCUUUGAUUAGGCUCGCAGGUGUGUAACGCUUGUAAUAAUUUAUCCCGUAUAUUCAGGCAAAUUUUUUCAUUCGAUUUUCAACAUUCUGUCGCAAUUUUAACUCCUUGUGGCCAGAAAUCAGAAAUGACGGUGCAAUGUAUCAUUUAUAAUUAUUCUGUCCUCUUCCUAACCCAUACUACACUGCCAACAACAGAUUUACAAUCAUAGUCACAGCGCAGAGCUGGCGAACUGCACAGCUUACGUUGUCUCCUCGUAGUUCUGAAACCCUAUUCUUGUGGCUCUGUUUUCUUUUCGUAAGAAACUGUUGUUGGUCUACGGAAGCAGUUCUUUCUUCUAUGCUGGUCAACACGAUUUCUUUAUUACAAAUGCACUCGUCAGUUUCUGUAUUGGGAAUAUUGAUGUUGACAACAAUACUCGGGGCAGUUUAGCCCUUUCUUAUUUUAUCAGUAGUGCACUCGCGUUCAAUAAUCAAAUCUUUGCUGCGAUGAUUGUUCCGUGAAUCGUAGUAUUCAAGGCUCAUUAUUAGUCCUAUCUAUAAAGUGGAAAUUGUGGCAGCUGAACUAAGCUCUUUUUUUAAAUAAAAUUAUCUGGAACGA